AAGUUAUCCAAGAUCGAAUCCUUAACUUUGUUCUUCACUUACCUGCAGAAAUCAAUCCAUACCAGGCGACAGCUGAUUAUAUCGCAACUUUUCUUCUACCAUGUCCACAGCCAUCGUGGUCGCGAUAUGUUCAAUACGUUAUUGCAGUAGAGUUUUUAAUAAUGUUUCUUCAAUCAACUUACAUUCUUUAUACGCGCUCCAAGACAAAGAAAAUUUAUCACAUUGGCUUGAAUUCUAUGGGACUGAUACAGCUUGAUCGUGCAAACCACUGUGCAUUGUGUUACUUUCUAUAUAGUAUCAUCGCGGUGAUCGAAAUUAUCUGCGAAGAGUUUGAACGAUCCGGUCAAUUAGACCAGAGAUGGCCAAAAUUCAUACUGGGCGUUAAGUUUAUCGUCACGGUUGCAUGCGCUGGCAGUAAGUGAUUUGACUUGAUGACAAUCCUUGAUCACGUUGAAAAAUUGUUUUCCGACGAUCAACCAACGGCCAUUCAGUCAUCCUUUGGCUGUGCGUCUGCCAUUUUGCUUUGGUCAAACAGAGGGCUGUUUCACAAAGCACGAAUCCAAAUGGAAAAUUUCUCUCAACCACAGCGACAUGGGCAUUGAAUAUAUCAUUCAUGGCAAUUGUAUUUUCCCCUACUGCCGCGAUUGUCACCUCCUUCUUCCAAGUUACCCUGGAGUAUCACCGCGCCAAAGACCUAGUGAUUCCCGUUAUUCAACGUCUACGGGAGUCAGCCCCCGCCUGUUCACCAGCCACUUGCAGCGUGACUCGUCUGCUAUCUCAAGUCCUUGC